AUGAGGUUGCUCAGAUUAAAGCCCUCCUACAGAACCUCCAACCAGCUCAGGGUGUACCAGCCGCGGCCCCUGCGGCUGCCCAACCCACUUAUCCAGAGGAUGACAUGCUGUCUACAGCUGCGUCCUGUAGCCUCUUUGCAGAGGAGGAAGAGCAAGCGGCCCUUGCCUCUCAGGCGUUCUCUCAAGGGUCUCUGGGCGGCUCGGCUAGAGGGUCAGUGUCCGGCUUGGUCCCAGGCCAGACAUUUGGGCCAGCUGCUCUUCAGGCCCUGGAGCGAAGUGUACAGGUUGGCCAGGCUAGCCAGCAGUUUGCUAGCUUACGGCGUGCACCUCUGCUUCAUUCUAGCCCGGGGGCCUCUGCGGUACCCCGUGCCUAUAGCUUUCAACCACGUUCAGGUGGACAAUCGAGGGGCCAGCACUUCUCAGCACGGGCUGACCAGCGCCGUAGCUCUGCGCCACGGGUGGCAUUUCAGGCGCCAAGAGGUUCGGCACCCAGUCGCCGCCCCCCCAGGGCCCCUAGGGGCAGGGGGGGUAGGUACUGAAGUCCAAGGGCCGGUCGUCGGACGCUUUUCUCAGCAGCACUUGAGCUACUGGCAAGAGCAGACCACAGACCCUUGGAUAGUGUCCACGCUAUCCAACGGGUACACACUACAAUUCCGACGCCGGCCCCCAACUUUCAGCGGGAUCAAGGUUACCGUGGUCACCAAUCCCGCCAGAUCCCUGGUCCUGAGACAGGAAGUAGCCACCCUCCUUGGGAAGGGUGCCAUCGAAGUAGUAGAACCACAAGAACAGCUCGAUGGGUUCUACUCAACCUACUUUCUGGUACCGAAGAAGGAUGGCGGGUUUCGCCCCAUUCUGGACUUGAGAGGGCUGAAUCAGUUCCUCAAGGUUCUUCCCUUCCACAUGCUGCGUGUUGCGGACGUCCUCCAGGCUAUCGCUCAGGGGGACUGGUUCGUAUCAAUAGACCUGAAAGACGCUUACUUUCACGUCCCUAUUACCCUACGUCACAGGCGGUUCCUCCGCUUUGCUUUUCUGGGCAAGGUGUACCAGUUCAGGGUUCUUCCGUUCGGGCUGUCUCUGGCCCCGCGUAUAUUUACACGGUGUGUAGCAGCAGCCCUGUCACCAUUACAGGCCACAGGUAUGGCGAUACUGCCAUACCUGGACGACUGGUUAGUCAUUUCCCCAACUCGGGAGCAGGCGGUCAGGGACACAGCCAUGCUCCUCAGCCAUGUGGACCGGCUUGGCCUUAUGGUCAACUUUACCAAGAGCAACCUUACACCAUGUCGGGUUGUGAGCUAUCUGGGGCUGGUGCUCGACUCGGUGGCCAUGCGAGCCUGCCUCUCUCCAAAGCGCGUAGCUACCAUUCUGCAGCUGCUACAGCGCUUCAGACGGGGGAAGUUGCUGGAAUACAGCCUCUUCCUUCGACUGAUAGGUAUGCUGACCUCAGCAUCCAUGGUGGUCCCACUAGGCCUUCUGGAAUUGCGUCCCCUUCAGAUCUGGGUGAAUGGUCUCCACUUGGACCCCAAGUGGCAGAGACACAAGAUGGUCAGGGUGUCUGGGCGGUGCCUUCGGGCCCUCAGACCCAGGGCAUACCUGAUUGCGGGGUCGUCCUUAGGGAGGAUAGCUUCCCGGCGGGAGGUUGUGGAGACGGACGCCUCCCUUUCCGGCUGGGGUGCAGUAUGGCAGUGCAGGACUGUCAGAGGCCAGUGGGAUGCCCAGCAGAGACUGGAGCAUAUAAAUGUGCUGGAACUCCUUGCGGUGUUCUUAGCUCUCAGGCACUUCCUUCCAGUUCUGAGGGACCGACAUGUUCUUGUCCGGACAGACAACACCUCCACAGUCUACCACGUCAACCAUCAGGGGGGCACCAGAUCGAGGCAGAGCCUGCGGGUCACGCAAAGGCUCCUUCCGUGGGCGUUCCCCCAUUUUCUAAGCCUGAGGGCUGUCCAUGUUCCAGGUGUCCGGAACACAGCGGCAGACCUUCUCUCUCGCCAAGGGCCACCCCCCGGAGAGUGGAGACUCCAUCCGGAGGUGGUGGGGAUGAUUUGGGACAGGUAUGGCAGGGCAGUGGCGGAUCUCUUUGCUUCCGAAGAGACCACCCACUGUCCCCUUUGGUUCUCCUUGACGGAGAGGACCAGUCCCCUAGGGCAGGACGCUCUGGCUCAUGCUUGGCCAGACAGCCUGCUUUAUGCAUUUCCCCCAAUUCCCCUUUUACUGGCAACGCUGGACAGGGUCCAGCGUGGCUGUCACAGCCUACUUCUGGUGGCCCCAUAUUGGCCAGGAAGGCCAUGGUUCCCACCGUUACUGAAACUCCUCAACAGAGAGCCUUGGUGCCUCCCAGAGAGACGGGACCUUCUGUCUCAGGUAGGCGGACGCAUAUGGCACACGAAUCCGGGCCACCUGCGGCUGUGCGUGUGGCCCCUGAGAGCCAGGACCCACUACUGACGUCUUGCGACCAGUCAGUGGUCCGUACUAUUUUUAGUUCAAGGGCACCCUCCACUCGGUUGCUCUAUGCAAACAGGUGGAAGUUGUUUUCACAGUGGUGCGUGGCGCGGGGCGAAGUCCCGGAGACCUGCUCAGUGGUAGUGAUACUACACUUUCUGCAGUCUGUGUUGGACAACAGAAGAGCUGCGUCUACCCUGCGUGUUUAUAUGGCCGCGAUCUCAGCCACACACGCAAGGGUGGAUAACCAGAUGGUAGGGUCCCACUACCUAAUCAGGCAGUUUCUGAAGGGAGCCCAGAGGCUUCAACCGCCGCGAUCCCUGAGGGCACCAUCAUGGGACCUGCAAGUAGCUCUGAGGUCCUUAUGUCUACCCCCAUUUGAGCCACUAAGUCAGGCAGACCUGACGCGGCUGUCCAUGAAGACGGCAUUUCUCAUUGC